CUCUAACUAACAGGCUAACGACUGUCUGGCUUCCUGCAAAUCCCUUUUCUUAUCUCUGGCCAUUUCUGUGGCGGGUAUAAUAAGCCUUGAUGAGAUAUCUCACCCGCCUUUUCCUCCGAGCGCCAUCCGUUCAGAGGCCCUUGGUUUCCUUUUCCCGAAUCGCAUACCCUCCUCGAUCAGCGAUGGCCAACACAUCAACCGUCUCGCAUGGCGGUGGCAGCAGACCCAGCACGUGGCAGGGUGCUGGCGCAGCCGAGUUCGAUCUCAGAAGCGAUACCAUGACCAAGCCCACUCCCGCAAUGCUAGAAGCCAUCUGCCAGACCACUUUACUCGACGACGUUUUCGGCGAAGACCCGACAACAAAUGAUUUGGAAGCAUACGUGGCUGAGCGAACGCAACAUGAGAGUGCAUUGCUGGUAAUGUCUGGCACCAUGGGCAAUCAGGUCGCCAUCCGCACCCAUCUCAAGGAGCCUCCGUACUCGGUGCUAUGUGAUCAUCGUGCUCACAUCUUCUGCUACGAGGCAGGCGGCGUCAGCUCCCUGACUGGCGCGACCGUCCUCCCUAUUGUGCCAAAGAAUGGCACGUAUCUUACUCUGGAGGACAUUCAGAAGCAUGCCGUUCUAGACGAUGACAUCCACCAUUGUCCCACAAAACUGAUCAGUCUCGAGAACACCCUGGAUGGGAUGGUGAUGCCACUUGCAGAAGCGCGGAAAAUCACCGAGUGGGCGCAUCAGAACGACAUCAAAGUACACCUGGAUGGUGCGAGACUGUGGGAAGCUGUAGUGUCUGGGGCAGGUAGCUUACCAGACUACACUACCUUGUUCGAUAGUGUGAGUCUGUGCUUCUCCAAGGGUCUCGGGGCCCCUAUCGGCAGUAUCGUCGUGGGAUCCACAGGUUUCAUCAAAAAGGCUCGGUGGUUCCGGAAGACCCUCGGAGGAGGGGUACGCCAAGCAGGAGUGCUGGCUGCGGCCGCCCGAGUCGCCAUGGAAGAGACCUUCGGGCCUGACCCUCAUGGCAAGCAAGGCAGGCUUCUGGAAACGCACCAGAAAGCAAAGAAGGUUGCUCAGUUAUGGACUAGCCUGGGGGGCAAGCUCGCGCACCCAGUAGAGACGAACAUGGUGUGGCUGGAUCUCGAGGCCUCUGGACUGGGGCCGAAUGAUAUCUCAACGAUCGCUCAGGAAAAGGGUCUAAAGAUGUCAGGCAAUCGGAUUGUCGUUCAUUAUCAGAUAUCCGAGGAGGCCAUUGCUCGGCUGGAACAAGUCUUCAACAAAGCAUUGAGUGGUAAUCAUCAACGUAGUACUGAUCAAAGUAAACCAUAUGGCACGCGAUGAGACCAGACUGUGUAUAAAUGAAUUCACUACAUGUACUUUAGCAGUUGCCAAUAUAGCUGCC